GUCAGUCACACAGCAGGGAUCCAGCCACUGGUACUGGCAGUUUCAUCUCUGGAUCGGCAGAGGAUGUAGAGGGCCUGAUCAUGGGUGAAGCAAAGAAGGGCCCUAUCCAUGAACACUUUCUUCACACCCCAGGGGCUUCUGUCAGUCAUCCAAAAGCUUAAAGGCUCCGAAGAGCAAAACUUGCGGAUUGUUCUACUGGGGCUGGACAAUGCUGGCAAGACCACAUUGCUGAAGUGUCUGGCAUCUGAAGAGGUGGACACCAUCACCCCCACACAGGGGUUCAACAUUAAGAAUGUCCACUCUCAUGGUUUCAAGCUCAGUGUUUGGGACAUAGGGGGACAACGGGCCAUCCGGAACUACUGGAAGAAGUACCUGGCCAGCACGGAUGUAUUGAUCUAUGUUAUUGACAGUGCUGACCAAAAACGCUUUGAGGAGACUGGGCAGGAGCUGUCUGAACUAGUGGAAGAGGACAAUCUCAUUGGUGUCCCUUUGCUGGUAUUUGCUAACAAGCAAGACCUGGCAACAGCAUCCCUUGCAGCAGACAUUGCUGAAGGGCUGAGCCUGCACACAUAUCGAGACCGGCCAUGGCAAAUCCAACCGUGUUCAGCCAUAUCAGGUGAAGGAGUCCAGGAUGGGAUGAACUGGAUGUGUAACCAGAUCUCAAGUCGGAAGAAGUAAUACUGCUGAGUACAGGAAUGGAGUUGUGGCUCUACAGAAUCUGUAGGCCUCAGCAUCAGUCCCAGAGGUGCACAACAUUUACAGGAAAUGUACCAUCCAGCACUGAUUCCAGGGUAGAAAAAGAAGUUGCCUUUACAACAUCUCAGAACUCACUGGAGCUUCUCAAUUUAAGUUACAUUCUCCAGUUAAAUUCCAUGAAACAGUUCCUCAAGUUUUCUGAAAUGGCUAAACCCACCAGUGAAUAACCAUCCCAUCCUUCAUGGUUAAUGCACCUAAGAGAUUGAAUGUACUACAGGGGCACAAAGGCCUAUUUGAGCCACUUAAUUACCAGACAAUUUGUCGGAUGACUCUGAAAAGACAGGUCUCCUCCAAAAGGAAUGCCCAAUCUGGGAAGAAAGGCUGGAAUUAAUUUAGGAACAAACUAGGAACUGUGAUUGUGACCAAAUUCCUACAUGAAGAGAUGAAAAUCCAGAGCAAACAGGAAGCAUAAAGGGAAUAUUGUCAUAGCACAUAUAGUGAAUGUUGACUUUGCAAUCAUCUUCAUAGUAUCAGCUGAUCUACCAGAAUCCAGGACUCAUCUUGGAUGUUCCCUUUUUUCCUGGAGCCAGCAGUCAAAGGACUGGACUACGACUGGGAAGGCCUAGAGUCAAAUCAGUACUCUGCUGUAAAGUCUAGUGAGUGAUCUUGGGCCAUUCACAACCUUUCCAUCUGAUUUUUCUCACAUGAUUUUUGUCAAGAUGAAGUGGGAAAGAGAACCCUGUAUACAUAAAAAGAAAGAAGGACCCAUUAAUGUUAUCCUAAGCUGUCUGGGGGAAGGGCAAGAUAAAAAUGUAAUAAAUAAAUAAAUCUGCUUUAAACAACAA